CCUUCACUUCCGCUUCUGUGCGCAAUCACUUCAAAGAGGUGCAAAGACUGCCGACCAGAGGAGAAUCAGCGGGAACGCUAGGCUGGGCCAGAAAAACCUUUGCCGCACUGCGAAGCCCAGUUAAAAGAAAUAAUGGUUUUAAAAUAAUUGCAAAUAUUUUCCCAGCAUGCAACGCUUCAUAGGCUCUCAGCCCAGGGGCUCGCUCAUCAUUGGUGUUCGCGGUGUCGACGUCAUUUGCUGUGGACCGCCCCUCUUAGGUUGUAGGGUGGCAGUUGUCGUUUCGGGAUUUAAAGAUACGGUAGUGUCUUUAGCUAUGCAGAUUUGUUUAAAAACUUGUGCCAUCCCAAGACGACUUAAAAAAGACCUAAGCUGUAUGGAAAAUAUUAUAAAGCUUUUCCUAAGUUUUAAAAGCACCCUGCCAUGCUCGUGGGCGGGGGACGGUUCUUGAGAGUCCCUAGACUUAGUCCCUUCAAUCAUGAGUAACUUGCUGAAUCCAGAUGCGAUCUUCUCAAACAAUGAAAUGAGUCUCUCGGAUAUCGAAAUCUAUGGGUUUGAUUAUGACUACACGUUGGUCUUUUAUUCCAAGCAUUUGCACACGCUGAUCUUUAAUGCAGCCCGGGAUCUUCUGAUCAAUGAACAUCGGUAUCCUGCAGAAAUCCGGAAAUAUGACUAUGAUCCCCGUUUUGCAAUAAGAGGGCUUCAUUAUGAUGUACAUCGGGCAUUAUUGAUGAAGAUUGAUGCUUUUCAUUAUAUUCAGUUGGGAACGGUGUACCGAGGGCUGAGUGUCGUCCCAGAUGAAGAAGUCAUUGCCAUGUAUGAUGGGUCCCAUGUACCCUUGGAGCAAAUGAGCGACUUCUAUGGAAAGAGUUCACAAGGCAACACCAUGAAGCAAUUCAUGGAUAUCUUCUCCUUGCCUGAGAUGACACUCCUGUCUUGUGUGAAUGAGUAUUUCCUGAAAAAUAAUAUAGACUAUGAACCUGUUCAUCUCUACAAAGAUGUGAAGGACUCAAUCAGAGAUGUCCACAUCAAAGGAAUAAUGUACCGUGCCAUUGAAGCAGAUAUUGAAAAAUAUAUUUGUUAUGCUGAGCAGACACGAGCUGUGUUGGCAAAGCUGGCAGAUCAUGGCAAGAAGAUGUUCCUCAUCACAAACAGUCCUAGCAGCUUUGUGGACAGAGGCAUGAGGUUCAUAGUCGGGAAAGACUGGAGGGAUCUCUUUGACGUUGUCAUCGUCCAGGCUGACAAGCCCAACUUCUUCAAUGAUAAGAGGAGACCUUUCCGUAAGGUGAAUGAAAAAGGUGUACUGCUUUGGGAUAAAAUUCAUGAAUUGCAGAAAGGCCAGAUUUACAAACAGGGUAACCUAUAUGAGUUUCUUAAACUGACUGGCUGGAGAGGCUCCAAAGUUCUGUAUUUUGGUGAUCAUAUUUACAGUGAUCUAGCGAUCAGGAUUUGCAGUGGUGUUAAGGCUCAGGAUUUGACCUUAAAGCAUGGUUGGCGGACAGGUGCAAUUAUUCCAGAGCUACGAACAGAGAUUAAGAUCAUGAACACAGAGCGGUAUAUUCAGACCAUGACCUGGCUGCAAACCCUCACUGGAUUACUGGAACACAUGCAGGUUCACAGAGAUCCCGAUUCACAGCUGAUUUUACAUGAGUGGAAGAAAGAAAGAAAGGAAAUGAGAGAAAUGACCAGGAAUUUCUUCAACUCCCAGUUUGGAAGCUUAUUCAGGACUGACCAGAACCCAACCUAUUUCUUAAGACGCUUGUCUCGCUUCGCUGAUAUUUACAUGGCAUCAUUGAGUUGCCUUUUGAACUAUGACCAUGAUUACACAUUUUAUCCAAGGAGGACUCCUUUGCAGCAUGAACUCCCAACGUGGUCAGACCAGCUAUGCACUGGUACAUUCAGAAUCCCGUUUCUGCAAGAUAUGAUUCAGAUCAAAUAGGCUCUGUUUCUUCUCCUUGCUUGGUUUUUAGAACAUCAAGCCCUUCUCUUCCCCCCCGCCCCAGUGGCUCUGUAGAGCAAAGUGUAUUUAUUGAAACGUGAAUGUAUCUUCAAUAUAUAGCUGUAACCACACUUGUAUUGUAUGUGCCUAUGAAGCAAAUAUUUCUUCUUAGUUGGUCUCUCAUUUCCUUGUGUGUGGAAAUUGAUGGGAUGUGAUUGUGCCGAGAAAAAGCAGAACCCCUUCCAAAUGAAUAUUUGCAGAAAAGGACAAUUGCACAUAAAUCAACAUGUUAAUGUAUCUAGACAUCUGGCUUAUAGUUGGAUAUAUUUAUCUUUGUGGACUCUGGUCAGAAGAUUAUUGCUUUGGAUUUGGGGUGUAUCCUACUUAAAAAUGCAUCUAGCUUUCUGCUAGAUGAGGUGAGGGGAAGAUAUGUUCAACUUUUACAAGUUUGAAGCAAUUUAAAAUGCAUUCCUCAUUUAGUUUUUCAGGAGGAGGAAAAAGAAAAGGCGGGGGGACUUGAAAUAUAUACAGUACUUACCAAGUCUAAAUUUGUUUUACUACUUGUAGAAUUACUUUCCCCUGACAGCAAGGGAGAUCAGUAUGCAGAAGCAGGCUUCUGCAAGACAUCUGAUGUAGGUGCUUAUCUGGAUUCGCAUCAACAUCCCAAUACCCAUCUGAACCCCACUGAACUAAGAAAGGGCCAUAGCUCAGUGGUAGAGCACCUGCUUUGUAUGUAAGAGGUCCCAGGUUCAGUCCCUGACAUCUCCAGGCAGGGAUGGGAAAGACUUUAGUCGGAAACUCUGGAGAGCCAUGACCAGUGAGUGUAGACAGUGCCGAGCUAGAUGGACCAAGGGUCUGACUCAGUAUCAAGCAGCUUCAUCUGUUCAUGGAGUAGCUGGGCAACUUGAUGAGAAGAGUAUCUCUCUCUCUCUCUCUCUCUCUCUGAACUCAUGAGACUUGCUGUGCAAUUGCCUAUGCAUUAGCUGGAUUGGGGCCAAAAUGUAUAACUUAGCACAAGCAUGCCAAUACUUUUAUAAAAUAAUACAUAGUUUAGUUUUAAUCCAAACAGUUGAAAGUAUAUCCAGUAUUGGAAAGGGGAGUUGCAAUCUGCUGUCUAACUAAGCACAAUGUUUUCCCCCGUUGGCAAAUUAAGAAAAAGUAAACAGUCUUAAAAUAGAAAUCAUUAACACUGUGUACAAAAAUAUUUGGGCUUGAAAAUAGUGAUAUCUAAAACAUUUCUUCUGCUUCUAUAGAGAGAAACAGAUUAGAAAACGUACAUCCAUAUUGUGACUGCAACGCAUUCUAGUACAGUGGUACUAAGAACUAGCAGUAGAUGAUAAUAUUUAGCAAAACCUUAUAACACUGGACACUUUAAUAGCAUACCCUCAUACUUAUUAAAUCAGGGGCUAUAAUGCAUCAUGUUGUGUUUAUGGUAUAUAGGAGUUAUAAAAGUCUAAUGCUGUAAAUGGUGUGUAUGAAGUGCCUUCUUAUUAAAUACUUACUAGGGCAACAGUCACAAUAUUUUAAAACUUUACGAAAUGUAUCACUGAAGAUAUUAGAAAUGUUUAAACACCCCCCAGCCCCCAGUUAUCAUACUUGAUUCAGCAGCACCCCAGCUUCUAGAUUUUUCUCUUUGGAUGGUGGUGUGCUUUUAGAUAUGGACAUCUGGAAUAAUACUACCAUUUUAGCUGCUCUCCAGUGAAAGUUAAGCAUGCUUAAGCCCUGUUGACAUCAAUGGAAUAAGGUGUACAGCACAAUCCUAUGCAUGUUUCUCAGAAGCAAGUUCUUCUUUUUUCAUUGGGGGCUCACUCCCAGGUAAAGUUGCUCAGGAUGACAGCUUAAACCCUAUUAACAUUUGCUUAGUUUACCUGUUAUACUCAUUUGCUGAAUAUCUUAGGUUGAACCUACUGAUUUCCCCUCAUUCUUAUGCACUAAUUUAGUAUGAUGCUCAAGAGAGCUUUUAAUAAGCUGGAUGAAAGGGUAAUUUCUUACCAUGAAUUCCUGUUCUGAGCCUAUUUUUCUGGAGAGCAUUGGUCACCAGUGGGUUAGCCCCUCCCCUGGAGCAGUAGGCAGGGUCAAAACUGAAGAGAUUUUUCCAGGGGGAGGAGCCACCCUGCCUCCUCAGACUGGACUGGAAAAGAAGAGGCACCCCUCACCCCACAGUGUGUGUGUGGGGGGGGGGGGGAAUGGCUAUGCUAAAAUAUCAGUAACUGGAACAACAGAAAGAUAAUGGGGCCCAGAAAGAGAAAAAGGCUGCAAAUAGAGGGGUGACAGAAGGAACAUCUACCAUCCCCACAUGUGUGGCAAAGGCCUUAGGAAUAAUAGCAACCAUGAAAAAACAUGGCACUUUCACAGGCUGGGCCGAAUGCCCUCCAGCAGGCUCAGAGAACAGGAGUUCCCAGUAAGAAAUUACCCUUUCUCCUGAGCUCCUAGAGGGCAUUCAUCACCAAUGGGAUGGAGGAAAGCAGUGCCAUCCCUGGGCGGGGAAGGUACCCCACAUCAGCGAAAAAGCACCUGUUGCAACACCUGCCUGCCGAAUGCAGCAUCGGAUGAAGAAAAAAACAUCUAUUUUAUGCCUAGAAAAGGACUGGACGGACACCCAGAUAGCUGCCCUACAAAUCUCAGCCAUGGGGAAAUUACCUUUAGUUGCCACAGAAGUAGCCGCACCCUGCAAGGAAUGGGCCAUGAUGCCUGAAGGGGGAACCUUCCCCAAACUCUUCUAUGCCAUAGAAAUACGUUCCCGGAGACACAAUGAUAUAGUUGCGGAUGACACCUCCUUUUCCCAUUGAACCAUCCUGGAAAGAGACAAAAAGAGACUCUGUUUUCUGGAGCUCCACAGUAUGGUCCAGAUAGAAAUGAAGCAUUCUCCUGAUAUCCAGGGAAUGCCAUCUGCUCUCCUGAGGGUGCACUGGGCUAGGGCAGAAAGUCAGCAAGGACAGUUCCUGAGACCUGUGGAAAAGAGAAUUCACUUUUGGUACAAAGGAAGGAUCAGGUUGCAACACCAUCUUAUCCUUAUGAAAAAAAAUACACAGUUCCAGGUCAGCCGAUAAGGAACUUAACUCAGAUACCCUAUGAGCUGAUGUAAUAGCAACUGAAAACAAUUUAAAGGUCAAUGUGCAAAGAUCACACUUUGCCAUAGGUUCCCAAGAUAGAGAUAUAAGAGCAAAGAGAACCCAAUUCAAAUUCCAUGUAGAAAACCUAUGAACCACCAGAGUCACCCUGGACUUUUUGGAGCACCUUGGAUAGGAGUGGAAUGGGUGUGAAUGCAUACAGCAGACCCCGCGGCCACAGAACAGCCAGGGCAUCCAUCCCCAUGCUCUGAGGACAUGGAAAACAUGUGAAAAAGAGAUCUAAGUGGACAUUUGGCUUGUGGCGAACAGUCCACUCUUGGCAGCCUGAAUUGGUCUACCACCUGUGGGUAUGACACAGGAUGCAAUGUCCACUCCGAUUCCACGAUGGAGUUCCUGCUGAGUCAAUCCACCAACACAUUGGAAACUCCUGCCAGAUGUUCCACCUUGAUCGACUUCAGAUGAUGAUCUGCCCAGAGAAACAUCGUGCAAGCCUCCUUGUGCAGUGACCUGGACUUGGUGCCCCCUUGCUUGUUCACAUAUGCCUUCAUAGAUAUGUUGUCGGUCCUGAUCAGCACAUAUUGCCCCUGAACCAAGGGUUUGAAUUCUAGCACAGCCAACUGCACAGCCCUCAACUUCAGCCAGUUGAUGCUCUGCUUGGCCUCUUUCCCCAACCAAAGUCCCUGCAAAUUGUUGUUGCCCUUGUGUGCUUCCCACCCUAGCAGACUGGCAUCUGUGGUAAUUGCCAGCCAGGUCAGGACUUGAAGGCCUGUACCAUCAAACUGCCAGUCCUUCCAUAACCACCAGACAAACUUCCUUCAGCAAGGGGACCAGGAGAUGGGAAUUCAGAAUGAUCUGUCCCUGGAAAGGAAGAAGCAGAUGCUGGAUCAGUUGGGAGUGGAGAUGGGAACAAGGGACCAGGUCCUGACACAAGACCAUCAGGCCCUGAAGGCUGGCCAACUCCAUAAGAUCUGCUGAAGUGUUGGUUCUGAGUGAGCAUGCUGCCUCCAGAAUUCUGAGCUGUCCAUCCCAUGUCAAGAAAAUCUGGUGGAGUCUGGUGUUUAUCAUCACCCCCAGAUGUUCCAAGAUUUGAGUUGGAGACAGAGAACCUUUAAGUUGACCACAAAACCGUGAUCCAUAGCCAGUUCAGUGUAUUCCGUACGUCCAGGAGGGUUUGUUCCUUUGACAAAGAUCUCACCAGGAUGUCUAAGUAUGAGAAAGGAUAGAUGCCCUGUUAGUGCAGAUGCACCACGCCACUGCACUAGAACUUUGGUGAAGACCCAAGGAGCUGAUGCCAACCCGAACAGAAGAGCCCAGUAUUAGUGUGUUCCACAACAGAAUCAAAUGAAGUUCCAGUGAGGCUUCCUGAUUGGGAUGUGUGUUUAGGUUUUGGAGAAGUCAGUGGAAGCCAGAAGCACCCCCACCCCCGGUGAAUGCUGACCAGGAUGGAUUUGAGUCUCAGAUCCAGAAUUCCUCUGGUGUUCCUAUACUUUCUUGGCAUUAAGAAAAAAAUUGAAUAGACCCUGGAGUGGAUUCAACAUUCCGAAACUGCUUCUAUGGCAUUGAUGUUGAACAGGUGUUGAAUGGCAUCUGGAAAGACCUGAUGUUUUCCUGGAUUUCGUGACUUCUGAGAUGGUAUGAAUUUUUCUAGCAGGAGCUUGGCAAAUUAGAGGGAGUAGCCUUGGGUCACGGUUUCCAAAACCCAUUGGAUCCGAUGAUGGGCGAAGUUCAAAAGGUGCCCUCUCACCCCAUCAGAGGGUGUGAUUCAGGAAGACUGCUUUUUUUGGUGAGUUUGGCAGACUGAGAAGAAGGCUUGGAAGAUGAGGAGGGUUAAGAUGAGGAGGGGGAGGAAUUCCAGGAGGAGGGUGACAAGCUACUGGACCUGCGCAUUCUGGAUCUACGCUUGUCUGUAGCCCUGUGACCAUGCUUCUGCUUCUUGUCUCUGUGUUUUUUUAAUUAGGAGAGUGAGCGGUUCUUAGUGCCUGACUUCCCAGUCAGAUUGACACCCCUGGAUUCCCUGGCCACCAUCUCCUGAAUCCAUCGGAUGAAUUGGGGGUAGGGGUCGGCACCACUAAGACUGUGAACAGGGAGAUAAGUGGAGUUUCACUCACCCCAACUGUAGCUGGUGGCUGAUGGAGCAACAAGGUGCCAGAGGAGGCCUGGAAGGCACUGUCUUCAGAGGAGUCUCCCACCCCCUUGGAGAACUUCAUGCUGUGCCCAACAACCUACCAUGCAGAAGGGGAGGGAGUGGGUAGCAAAGCGGUGGAAGCAUCAACAGUGGUCGUAUGGAGCAUAUAGGCCCAUUUGCAGCAGGGAGUGACUGCUGACAAUGGGAGCUGUGACACUGUGUGGGCCACUCUCCCUCCCCUGCCAGAGAAAUGUUUUGCUGCAGGCGUGCUGGCGAGCUAGCAAGGACUAGUGAGUGACUUGGCCCAAUGUGGGAAAUGGGCCCAGGCUGAGUGGGUGCACCCAUGGAGUUCCAGUGGCUGGGUGGCCUGAAGAGGAAAGAAAAUCAUGUCCAAACCCCAAGCUGCCAAUGCAGUCUGAAGAAUGCUCCCCUGUCUCUGUGUGUGCCCGGUCCUACCUAGGACUGAUCGGAAGGGGCAGGGGAAGCAGGAGAGAGAAGCUUCUAUCUAAAUUUGAAGAAUAUCUUGCUGGAAAACGCAGGCCCUUAUAGAGCUCUGUGCGACCCUACAGACCUGCUUGCUAGGCAGGGCCAGUCUGGGGAGGUGGGGUAGCCCCUCCCCUUGCAGGAGUCUCUUUAGUUCUGACCUUGCCUAUUGCUCCAGGGGAGAGGUUAACCCAUUGGUGACCAGUGUCCUCCAGGAACUCAGGAGAACAUUAAAAUGCAACACUAACAUAGAACUUGAAGUAAAACCUGAAACAUAGCACUGUGUAUUUUAAGUGUUGAAAUGCUCCAUGUUUUAUAGGGCUGCAUCUUAAAAUGUUCUUUUAAAGUAAAAAAAUUGUGGCACAUCCAUGCAUUUGGGGCUCAGCCAGUUAAAUUCUGCUUCCAUGUAAACCUCUCUUUUGUGCAGAGCAGUGCCUUGGUGGUUUGCCAGUUAUAACUGAUGAUGGAGCUUCAUGCUCUUUUCAUAUGUUUGUUAGAUGUAUGAAGAUUGGGUACAUAGCCAGUAGACGUACUGAUGGGGAGGGAGCAUAGCAAGAGGGCACAUUAUAUGCAUGCUGUGGAGCAAGUGAACAGACCUAGAGAAGGGUCUUUGCAAUGAUGCAUUUAAAACUUGUGUUGAGGUUUCUAAAAUCUUAAACUAAAAGAACACAAUUAGUCAACAAGGAUAUCCCAAUCCAGUUACUCUGGUUCCUCAUUUAAAAAAAAAUUAAGUUCUAUUUGCUUUGUUUACUGAUGUGAUACAAAAGAUAGCCAAAGUUAUUCUCACUUUCUUUUUAGGAAAUAAUUUGGUCCCCCAAAUAGUGGUCAGGUAAAGUGUGUGUUACAAAAGUUUUUUGUAAGUAUUUCUAUGCGAGUUUACAGUUUGCAUUGUUAUAAUGAAGUGUGUAUGUGUGUUGCAUAACUCAAUAACAACCCGCUGGCAUGACUCCAUUUGGUUUGUGACUCCAUCUUGAAACUUGAAACAGAUUUCUGAAUAGGGCUGAGCUGAAAUUUCUCCUUGCUAACCUUCUACCUCAAACGAGUGUCCUCCCCCCCCCCGCCCGUGAAUCUUAAUUCAUAACUACAGUCUCCCACCCAUUGCUUCCCUUCCUGAGCGAUCCAGCUAUUUGGCAAUCACAUACUGGAUGUGGUGAUUGAGUUGUGUGCUGGCAUCACUGAGUGAGGAAAAUGUUUUUUCUGUAUUCACCACAUGGAAAAUGAUUCUAGCCAAUUGUUCUAGCAUUGAACGCUCUUUUGUAGCCCUUUUCAUAUUCAUCACUAAUGAGGGAGCCCCUUUUUUGACCCUAAAGAUGUCCAAUGAAACAUUGCCCUUUAGCUCAGCCCUGCUUGUAAAUUACUUUUGAGUUGCUGGCUAUAUAGCUUUAUGGUGGUCUUGUAUUUGUAUACAAGCUGCUUGAGCUUGUCACUGUGCUGGAGUGUUAAGUAUUAUUUGUGCCUCUAAAUAUUAUACUUGACAUGCAAUGCAUGGCUCUUUUCUCUUUGCUAAAGAGAAUAAAAUUCUUCUGAGAUGCUGUGCCAAAAUAGUUACCCUUAACAUCUUUUGUUUUGUCCUUUUUAGUGGCCAGCGGGGUGUGUGUGUGGGUGAAAGCUAAACUGAAAAUGCAGGGGAGGAGAGUGAAUAGCUAAUAAGGUUUAAAAUGAAAUAAAUCUAACACUUCUUUUAGGCCUGGGCUUCCAAAGCCCUUUAAGUCUAUUGUAUAAAACUGUGUUGAAGAAUAAAAUUUCUGUCUAGAAAAUACAUAAUGUAAAAGUCUUUAAAAUGUAAGGGUUUGCCAGAGCUCAUGAACUAGCAGGUAAUAUCCAGUGUUGAUGAAGCUAGCUAAAUGUAUGUGUUCCUAUUCAUACUAGCCAUCUUGAGAACCACUUUGUAGAAAAGUUGAAUUGCAGAAUAAAUGAUUAUUUUGCAUAAAGUACAUUAUCUGGUGGGGUUGCUGCUACUUUAUAUAGGUAUAUUAUACUAUACUGUAAACAUACUUCAUGUCAGAAGUGAUGGGGGAACGCACAAGUUAAUAUUUAAGAAAACAUUAAUGCUGGCAGUUUCUACUGUCUGACUACUCUGAUGUAACUUUUAAACCUAUUUGUAAUGGUUUCUAAGUUUUGAUGCUGUCAUCUCCUGUAAUUGUUCUGGUAUUUGUGCUAUGUACAGUUGUCUUUUUUAAAAAAUCCAUACACCAAAGAGGAGGCAAACUGCUCACAUCCUUGACAAACUAUAGCCCUAACAGAAAAAAAUAUUCAUGUUUGCAAGCAUGAAUGUCUUGUCGAACUCUGAGAAAAAUAUUGUUGCAGCAUCCUGAAUAAUCACACAAUAAAUGUCUGAUUCCUUA